CAACGAACACAAUGCCUAACAUCAAGCUCCAGAGCAGCGACGGCGAGGUUUUCUCCGUGGACGUCGAAAUCGCUAAGCAGAGCGUGACGAUCAAGACAAUGUUGGAGGAUCUCGGCGUUGAGGAGGAGGAUGAGGAGGUAGUCCCUCUGCCCAACGUGAACGCUGCUAUUCUGAGGAAGGUUAUCCAGUGGGCCACACAUCACAAGGAUGAUGCUCCUCUGCCUGAGGAUGAUGAAAACAAGGAGAAGAGGACAGAUGAUAUCUCAUCUUGGGACGCCGAGUUUCUCAAGGGAGACCAGGGAACCCUGUUUGAACUCAUCCUGGCUGCAAAUUACCUUGAUAUCAAGGGACUGCUCGAUGUCACUUGUAAGACUGUUGCAAACAUGAUAAAGGGAAAAACCCCGGAGGAGAUCAGGAAAACUUUCAACAUCAAGAACGACUUCACUCCCAGCGAGGAGGAGCAGGUGAGGAAGGAGAAUGAGUGGUGUGAGGAGAAAUAAAUAAAAUGUAAUUAGCAACCUAACUCCCCCCUCUUGCUUUGACCCCCCCCCCCUUCACUCCUUACUGUCAUUCUUUUGAUUAUUGAACCCCCCACCCCUCUGUCAAGUAAUAUUCUACCAAUGCUCUGUAAGACAAUUUUAAUCUGCUUAUUUUUUUUGUAUUACACGCCAUAUUUUUUUAAUUUAACUAUUCACAUAGUUCAUCUGAUUAAAGGUUAUUCUUUUAUAUUUUAACUUUGAUUUUGUCACUCUGUAAUUUUCCAUCAUUGGAAUAUAUAUAUUACACUUAAA